UCCAAGUCCUGGCGCACAGGGAGGGAGCGCUGCGCUGCGCCCGGGCUGCGCAUCGCGGCCCACUUGCCGCCUGUCCCCUGCCCUGGCUGGGCCACCUCCCCGGGCUGCCGGUGGAGGGCUUCGAGGCGCUAACGUUACGCUGUUUCCGGUUUUCCAGAGGGCUCUGUUUCCCCUCCCAAGGCGGCGGCGGCUGAGCGGCGGAGCCCCCCAAAUGGCCUGGCCAGAUGCGGCAGGUUUGCUGCUCAGCGCUGCCGCCGCCACUGGAGAAGGCUCGGUGCAGCAGCUACAGCCACAGCUACAGCUACAACUACAGCUACAGCUACAGCGACAGCAGCAGCAGCACCAGCAGAAGCAGCAGCAGCAGCAGCAGUACCACCACCACCAGCAGCAGCAGCAACAGCAGCAGCAGCGUGAGCAGCAGCGAGAGCAGCGGCGGCAGCAGCAGCAGCAGCAGCAUCUUCCGUCCCGCUGCGCCCCCAGAGCCGCGGCCGCAGCCACAGCCGCAGCCCCGCAGCCCCGCAGCCCGGAGAGCCGCCGCCCGCUCGCGAGCCGCAGCCGCCGGCGGCAUGAGGCGCGACCCGGCCCCCGGCUUCUCGAUGCUGCUCUUCGGUGUGUCACUCGCCUGCUACUCGCCCAGCCUCAAGUCGGUGCAGGACCAGGCGUACAAGGCACCCGUGGUGGUGGAGGGCAAGGUACAGGGACUGGCCCCGGCAGGCGGUUCCAGCGCUAACAGCACCCGAGAGCCGCCCGCCUCGGGUCGGGUGGCGCUGGUGAAGGUGCUGGACAAGUGGCCGCUCCGGAGCGGGGGGCUGCAGCGCGAGCAGGUGAUCAGCGUGGGCUCCUGUGCGCCGCUCGAAAGGAACCAGCGCUACAUCUUUUUCCUGGAGCCCACCGAGCAGCCCUUAGUUUUUAAGACAGCCUUUGCCCCGGUCGACCCUAACGGCAAAAACAUCAAGAAAGAGGUGGGCAAGAUCCUGUGCACUGACUGCGCCACCCGGCCCAAGCUGAAGAAGAUGAAGAGCCAGACGGGUGAGGUGGGUGAGAAGCAGUCGUUGAAGUGCGAGGCAGUGGCGGGAAACCCCCAGCCCUCCUAUCGCUGGUUCAAGGACGGGAAGGAACUCAACCGGAGUCGUGACAUUCGCAUCAAGUAUGGCAAUGGCAGAAAGAACUCCCGGCUACAGUUCAACAAGGUGAAGGUGGAGGAUGCCGGGGAGUACGUCUGUGAGGCUGAGAACAUCCUUGGGAAGGACACUGUGAGGGGUCGGCUCCAUGUCAACAGCGUGAGCACCACUCUGUCAUCCUGGUCGGGGCAUGCCCGGAAGUGCAAUGAGACCGCCAAAUCCUACUGUGUGAAUGGAGGCGUGUGCUACUACAUCGAGGGCAUUAACCAGCUCUCCUGCAAAUGUCCAAACGGAUUCUUCGGACAGAGAUGUUUGGAGAAACUGCCUUUGCGAUUGUACAUGCCAGAUCCUAAGCAAAAGGCUGAGGAGCUGUACCAGAAGAGAGUCCUGACGAUUACUGGCAUCUGUGUGGCUCUGCUGGUCGUGGGCAUCGUCUGUGUGGUCGCCUACUGCAAGACCAAAAAACAGAGGAGGCAGAUGCAUCACCAUCUCCGGCAGAACAUGUGCCCAGCCCACCAGAACCGAAGCCUGGCCAAUGGGCCCAGCCACCCUCGGCUGGACCCUGAGGAGAUCCAGAUGGCAGAUUACAUCUCCAAAAAUGUGCCAGCUACAGACCACGUGAUCCGGAGGGAAGCUGAGACCACAUUCUCUGGGAGUCACUCCUGUUCACCUUCACACCACUGCUCCACAGCCACGCCCACCUCCAGCCACAGGCAUGAGAGCCACACGUGGAGCCUGGAACGUUCGGAGAGCCUGACCUCGGAUUCCCAGUCAGGCAUCAUGUUAUCAUCAGUCGGCACCAGCAAGUGCAACAGUCCAGCGUGUGUGGAGGCACGGGCGCGGAGGGCCGCAGCCUACAGCCAGGAGGAGCGGCGCAGGGCUGCCAUGCCCCCCUACCACGACUCCGUAGACUCGCUGCGUGACUCUCCACACAGUGAAAGGUACGUGUCAGCCCUGACCACGCCCGCGCGCCUCUCGCCCGUGGACUUCCACUACUCUCUGGCCACGCAGGUGCCGACUUUCGAGAUCACGUCGCCCAACUCUGCGCAUGCCGUGUCGCUGCCGCCCGCCGCACCCAUCAGCUACCGCCUGGCGGAGCAGCAGCCGCUCCUGCGGCACCCAGCGCCGCCCGGCCCGGGACCAGGGCCCGGAGCGGACAUGCAGCGCAGCUACGACAGCUACUACUACCCGGCGGCGGGGCCCGGGCCGCGGCGCAGCGCCUGCGCGCUGGGAGGCAGCUUGGGCAGCCUGCCCGCCAGCCCCUUCCGCAUCCCGGAGGACGACGAGUACGAGACCACGCAGGAGUGCGCGCCCCCGCCGCCGCCGCGGCCGCGCACGCGCGGCGCGUCCCGCAGGACGUCGGCGGGGCCGCGGCGCUGGCGGCGCUCCCGCCUCAACGGGUUGGCGGCGCAGCGCGCACGCGCGGCGCGGGACUCGCUGUCGUUGAGCAGCGGUUCGGGCUGCGGCUCGGCGUCGGCCUCGGACGACGACGCGGACGACGCGGACGGGGCGCUGGCGGCCGAGAGCACGCCUUUCCUCGGCCUGCGAGCGGCGCACGACGCGCUGCGCUCGGACUCGCCGCCGCUGUGCCCGGCGGCCGACAGCAGGACUUACUACUCCCUGGACAGCCACAGCACGCGCGCCAGCAGCAGACACAGCCGGGGGCCGCCCACGAGGGCCAAGCAGGACUCGGGGCCCCUCUAAGGCCCCCCGCCUCGCCCGCCCCACGUCUCCAAGGAGAGCGGAGACCACCGACUGGAGAGGGAAAAGGAGCGAACAAAGAAAUAAAAAUAUUUUUAUUUUCUAUAAAAGGAAAAAAGUAUAACAAAAUGUUUUAUUUUCAUUUUAGCAAAAAAAAUUGUCUUAUAAUACUAGCUAACGGCAAAGACGUUUUUAUAGGGAAACUAUUUAUAUGUAACAUCCUGAUUUACAGCUUCAGAAAAAAAAGAAACAACAAAAAAAAAAAGAGAGAUGGGCCAAUUUUUUGACUCUUUAAUAGAAACCUAUAUUGUGGUGCCUUUUGCUGUACGCUAAUCUGGGGCUCCUGGAGAGCCGUCUGGGGUGCAGUGUGGGGAUGGGCGCUUGUAGGAUCCCAAACUGGUUGGGCUGAGAAAAGGCAGGGAAAGGGACUGUGAGGUUCUAAUGGCUCUGAGGGUAGUGAACAAUGAGGAAGAAAAUGAAGAUAGGAGGAAAUUUUAUCUUCCCCAGUCCAGAUCUGGAGUCCUCAGAAGAGAGGGCAGGGAUCCUUAGAGCUGGAAUUGAGAUUGGGUUAAUUCCAGGGGGAGACACAGGCUCCCCGCUACAGCAACUAGAAUGGGGAAGGGCCCUCCCCAGCCCUCACAGCUGCUAAGGGAGAGAGGACAGAGAAGGCUGUCUCCCCACCAGCCCCGGCCUAGGGAGGGGCAGCUCUUCCAGGGGCCCAACCUUCACGGCUCCUCCUCCCCUGCGGCCUCCAGGACAUCCCCUGUCCUCUGCAGCACCUCCGUUUACAGGUCGUCUUUUCUAUUUUACGCCUGCAUGUCCUUUGCAUUUCAGACUCUUUAGGUUGAAUGCAUGGUCACGCUGGGACCUAGAAGAGCCACUCCGACAGUGUAUUCAAUUCCCCUUUUAGCAAUAAAGUAACACCAUAUCCUCACAGCCCAGCUCCCAACCUACCUAUGACUUCCAUCUUCCAGUCCUGCCCGCCCCAGCCAGCCCUCACAACUGGAUCCAAUGCUAAUUUGUCAAAAAAAAAAAAAAAAAGGCAAUUGUCUAAAAAGCAAACAAAAAUCCCAAACAGAAACAAAUGGGAACCCUGACAUGUCCGAACACCUGACUGUUGACACUUGAACAUUUUUAUAUUAUAAAUAAAAUCAGAAAUAAUUCCUGUUUGACUGUGUGUACCUAGCCCCAGGUGAGGAGGGAAGACAGAAGGAGGGCCUAGGAUGAACCACGUGGGUACUUAAGAAAGACUGGAUAGGGCCAAGGUAGUCCCUGAGCGGAAGUGACCCUCUCUCCAGUCCCUCUGGCUCCCAGGAACUGCUCCAAGUCGUUCUUCCAGAUCAUUUAUAAGGUGUCCCCUGGGUGCUAAGGAGCCCAGCCAAGGGACUGACGCAAAUCGUUCUGCUUUAAACUCAACCUCAGAACUCUGGCCCAGUUCCUGCCCUGCAGCUAGAAAGCUGGACUGGUGUAACAGUUUUCUGCCCAGGUGGGUGAAGAGGGAAGGGUUGUGGGGUUGGCACUGGGGCAGCGGAGGCAAAGAUGACCCUUGGGGCUUCAGGCACGUCACAGGCAGAGUCUGGACAUGUAAGACAACAUAAUGGGCCCCCCUGUUGCCAGGAAGACCAGAACAGCUGCAGUUCCCAAGCCCACAGGGCAUUGCUCCUUCCCCGACUAUAGACCCUGUCCACCUCCCCUCCCCACCCCCGAGCCAGGGCCUGUCUAAACCUGCAGCCCUGAUCUCAGGCAUGGAGGAGGCAGAUAGAGUCCAGGGUAAAGAGUCUUGCUUGUCAGCUUUCUAGAAUACCAGGAACCAAUUCCAGCCAGGACCUGAAGCCUUCCCUCCAUAGAGCUGGGGUGAGUGUGUGCACGUGUGUGUAUCCUGUGCACAUUCUGGAAAGUUGCAGUGUGGAUCUAGACAGACACAGAGGCAUGGGACAGAGAGGUGUAGUGCAACAGUAGGUUCUGAAUCCCAGUGCCAGCUGUUCCUCACUAGCUAUAAUAUGGCUUCUCCAAGCCACAGUUAGUUUGCUUAGUGAGAAAUGAGGAACCAAUUGUUUACCUCAGCAAGUUGCUGUGGAAGUUACAUGCAGAUGGACCCGGCACUAUUCCUGAUUGAUACCUAGUCUUGAUGGAAUCAAGAAUGUAGUGACAGAAUCCUGUGCCUUGUAACCAUAAGUCACAAAGUGGCAAAAACUUGGUGGGGUGAUUAAGAAAAGUCUAAACUUAUAAAGUCAUUAUAUUUGUUAUGGGGUGCUGAGCAGCACUUAUUACAAAGGGGAAAAAAAUGAAAGAAAACUUACUGGGCUGAAUGUUCCACAAGCCUGUGGAUCACGCCCAGGCCCCAUCAUCCCUCUGCUGUCUGUUUGCUUUCUUAGAGCACUAAUCCUUACGUGUGACCUCUGAUCUCUAUAGGGCCCCAGAUGAACUGUUAUGACCUCUUGGUGAGCCCACUGAUCUCAUUGCAAUCUAGGUUAGUGUCCUCACUUAAACUCUGUGUGGGCUGUGUUGUUGCCCUCUAGGUUUUCAUCCAGAAACCACCCGUAGGACUCACAUGACCCUGGUUAACUUUCAGUGACCCCCUCGGGGAACUCACCAACCUGUACAUGACCCCAGUUCAUCCCCUCAUCUGCCCUGGAUUCUAAGAUGACCCACCAAGAGUCCAAUGCCAGAGCCUAACCUCGCUCCUCAGGGCUCCCCUAUUGCACCAGCCAGUCUUCAAUGGACAGGUAUGGUUGGGACCUGGGGGCACGCGUCACCAGAGAGCCCUCUUGACCACCCUGACUCUCAGGUUUUAGCCUUGGGGGAUGUUGGUUGUGUGGCCUUUCAGGAAACACUGCAGUCACUUCAGGCCACUUCCCUUCUGCCACCUGUCCCAUGGGACACUCAGAAAGCUUCCGAGGUCAGAGUUCUCUUCCCGUCUCCCAAGUUCUCUCUUUACUUCGUGUCAUCACUUUUAGUGUCUUUUCCCAGUCCCUCUCAGAGUCCUCAGUGACAAUGGUAACCACUUCUCCCCUAGUCUCCCUCAUAGUGGUGAGACCCAUGAACACAGGGAGCUGGCCUUUUUCACCACUGUCCCUAGCACACAGCAACAGUGGAUGGCACACAGUUAACCCUCACUGAGGAGGAUGAAGGCUGUUUGUCAAGAGUAGGCACAGGAGUUCCUGAGCCCUGGAGCAAACCUCCCAGGACCUUGUCAGGCCCUGGAUUUGACCUGUCCUUGUGGGCUUGUUAGGGAUGACAGGGAAGAAGAGCAUGAUGGUCUACUAGAAUGCAGGGAAAAAAAUAUUAGAACUUUGAUUUAGAUUUAUUUUCAUCUCAUCUUUUUUAAAUUUCUAUUUUUGUGUAUGUUUUAUAAUGUACAUAAUAUUUUAG